UUUAGUUUUCGAAUCAUUCCAAGACAAUAAAAACAAGCACAGCACAGCUUAUAACUGCGAUAUCUGUUGAGCGCUACCGAGGUUCACCAGUUACACUUACAUCAUCACAACUCUUCUCUGCAACUCCACCAAGAAAAAAAAAAACUCAUAAACCUCUACUGCAACUCCCAUCUUCCAACACCUCGACAACCUUCAAACAGAACCACACCUCCCCCAAACAAAACCCCCCAAAAACAACGAUCACAAUGUCCGUCAUCGACAUCACCUCCAAGGCUCAGUUCGACGAGCUCAUCAAGACCACUCCCUACAUCGCCCUCCAGGCCCACGCAACCUGGUGCGGCCCCUGCAAGGCAAUCUCCCCCAUCUUCACCAAGCAGUCCGACGCCCUCACCAACGACAAGUUCACCUUCGCCCGCUUCGACACCGACGAGGUCCCCGACCUGGCCUUUGAGCUCGGCAUCCGCAGCAUCCCCGCCUUCUUCAUCUUCGAGAACGGCGAGAAGGCUGAUACUCUUACUGGCGCCAACCCCCCUGCGCUGCAGAAGCUGACGCAGAGCAUUGCCGAGAAGGCCAAGGGCGAGCUCAACACCACCGAGGACUUUUAAAUCAUGCGGGAUAAGCGGAACGAGACGAGAUCAGUGCUGCGGAGGAUACAUGUAUAUUGAGGGAAAAGGGAAACAUUUAACAUGAUACCUGCCAUGCAUGGUGUUGGCAAGAGGAUAGCACGCACUGCAUAGGAACGAGUAGACAGACAUACAAGUCAGCUCUAGUCUGCAAAUAUAAUGAAUCAUACUUGUACAAGACACACACUUUC